GAGUUUUAAAGAAAGCGAGAUUAGAACUCAGUGAGUGAGUAGCUGAGUUUACAAAUGUUCCACUGAUGAAAACUCGGUUCAACUUUUAGGUUUUUUUUUUCUUUUCAAAAAAUUUCUCUAUUUUCCAUGUAUAAGCACUCAACAAAGUCUUAUGAUUUGAUCCAGUGAUAUAUAUAUAAAUAAACAGUAGAAUUAUAUAUAUAUACAGCGAAAAAAGCUCAAAAAAGCAAAAUCAUUAUAUGAUCUGACAAUUUCUGCCAAAUGCCACGCCCUUUUUUCCAUAAGCUUAUUCUCUCCACUACUCUCCAGGACAAGAAACUGAGGAUACCUGAUAACUUUAUUAAGAAAUUCAGGGAUGAGCUUUCUGUUGCUGCCGCUCUCACCGUUCCUGAUGGUCAUGUUUGGCGUGUAGGAAUAAAGAAAGUUGACAACAAGGCUUGGUUUAAGGAGGGUUGGCAGGAAUUUGUCGAACGUUACUAUAUCCGUGUUGGCUACUUUUUGAUUUUCAGAUAUGAAGGGAAUUCCGCUUUCAGUGUUAGCAUAUUUGAUUUGUACAACUCUGAAAUAAACUAUCAAACAAAUGCUCUUGUUGGUACUCAAUACAAUCUCGGAAGACAAUAUCCAUUUGAAGAACUUGAAGAUGAUGAAUGUGUCUCUCCAGCGAUGCCUAAUUUGUUUGGUAGGUCCAAACUUAACUGUAUAAACUGGAGUGGAGAAGUCAACCAUCACGCACCUAAGGGUGUUAAUAAUCAACCUAUUCGGGUGAAAUUGCAUUCUUCAGGUGCAGAGCUACCAAAACUGAAAAAACCAGGGAGGAAAAAACAGAAGUUUCAGCCUAGUGAAGAGGAUUCAUCUCUUGGACAUGAAGAUGACAUGGAAAUGCGUAAUAGAUUUUAUGAAAGUGCUUCGGCCAGGAAGAGAAUUGUGACUGCUGAAGAACGAGAGAGAGCGAUUAAUGCAGCCAAAGCAUUUGAGCCGACUAACCCUUUCUGCAGGGUCGUCUUGCGACCGUCUUAUCUAUACAGGGGAUGUAUAAUGUACUUACCAUCGUGCUUUGCUGAGCAACAUCUAAGCGGGGUUUCAGGAUUCAUUAAACUUCAGCUUCCGGAUGGUAGACAGUGGCCUGUCCGAUGCCUUUAUAGAGGAGGCAGGGCUAAGUUCAGUCAAGGAUGGUAUGAAUUUACAUUGGAGAACAAUUUGGGUGAAGGAGAUGUCUGUGUCUUUGAACUGCUCAGAUCAAGGGAAUUUGUGCUCAAAGUCACCGUAUUUCGUGUAAUGGAAAGCGCUGGACUAAUGGACCGGUCCCAAUAAAAGCCAACUCGAGUUAAACCAGUUAUUAGUAUAGUGGCUGCCCGGCUGAUAAUUUAAGGAAUAUUAAACUCUGUUAAGCUACUCCUCCUUUCAGGUGACGUCUAACUUUUACGGUCCUCCAUAAGAAAUUUAGCUUCUACCGCCAUUUUGAUGUUCAUAAGUUUUUAUAAUGGUACUUUUUUCCUGCUUAGGAGAGUUGAUAUGAAAAUUUUGUGUCUCGACUAGGUCUGUAAAUAGAUUGCCCAAUGAAGUUGAAUUCAAACUAGAUUGAAAAGAAUGGGUACUUGACUUUAUGGUCUUUUAUUUUUGGUGGAAAAAAAGUUCCAUUUACUGCUUGGAUUGGAA